AGUUAUGAAUAACGGAGGGCCAAGUGCAAUAUUUAAUAAAUUACGGCCCUGGAAGAGCGUUUCGUUUGCGCUGGUCGGCGAAAGAAAUUGAAAUUUUCGGUAUUUGUCGGUAUCUGUCGUUAGCAGACGUCGGGAACUUUUUAGAAUUAUCAACAUCAAAGAUUGUCGAGUGCACACGCAUAAAUUUGGAUAAGUCAUUAGUUCAAAGGCGAUGAUGAUGGCUGCAUGAAAAAUCAAUAGACGUUCUGACUCAAGAGCCCGACAAUGGCCAGCGCAAAGCCUAUAAGCAGUAGCUGCCAGAGCAUUGCAACAGCUACCGGCAGCAUCUUAACGGCCGCCUGCACGCCGAGCAGUAGCGGACACGGCCACUAUGUAAAUGGCACGGGCAGUCUAGGGCGCCUAAAGUAUCACCACAAGCACAAAAGUCUCGACGCUAGUGAUGAGGACCUAGAGUAUGCGCAGCUAUCGCAGUCCACUCAUCUUCUUGGGCGCUACAAAUCUGACCGCUUUCUGGCCUCUAAGCCUGACGAGGAUCGCCGCCGUCGCACUAUUAUAGUUGAAAAGAAAAAUGACUCCUACGGUUUUACACUGCAGAGCUAUGGCAUACAUUAUAAGAGAGAUGAGGAACUUGAUAUGAUCACAUAUGUUGACUACGUGGAGUAUGGAGGUCCAGCGGCCUGCUCUGGCAUGCGCGAGGGCGACGUCAUACUUUCCAUUAACGGUACCGAUAUGGAAAAGGCUGAUCAUAAGACCAUCGUUGAGUUUAUCAAACAAUGUGACUCACGAAUGCGUAUGGUGGUGCUUUUCGAGGAUUGCGUCAAAAAGGUGGACUUACACAUGCGCUACAUCCAGUUGCAAAGCAUGUUGCAAAACAAGAUGAAUGAACUAGAACGCGUGUGUCAGCGUGAGCGGGAGCUCCUGGAGGGCAAGUGGAAGACCCACAGUUUGCCGGCGCGUAAAAAGGCUACCGCCGGCACAACGCCCAUGGCUGGUGAGGACAUGGUGCCAGUACAGGGUGGCGAUGGAACCACUUUGAGUUAUUUCCGGCCUACUCUUUCCACUGAGGAUGUAGCGAACAUACAGGCUCGACAGCAGGCUAUGCAUUCCCAGGGUAUAAUCCCACCGCCGGCCCAGUUCAUGCUCACCUACCAGUACAUGGAUCCAACGUACCGUUAUGUGCUGCAGCCCACCCAUACCGAAGGCUACAUUCACGGAUCGGCAGAUUUGCAGCGUAGUUCCAGUGAUCAGCAGCAAAAGCAGCGCUAUUUGCUGCAUCGGGCAGAAUCAGUCGAAACGACAACGGCCAGCCAGGCUACGUUGCAAUAUCAAAGCCAACAGCUGAGUGGUGAUAGUAAGGCGACAACGACUAAACCACCGGCACCACCGCCGCGCACCUGUGAGAAACACAAGCCACCAGGCAAAGUAAAAUCUCAAUCGAAGUCGGGGAAGAGCGAGAAAUCUGCGAGUAAACAUUGCCAUCAGAGCCAUUCAUGCAAUCCCUGUCUGGGACAUUUUCGAUGGAAAUCCACUGAGAAAUCGGUUGCUGGAAAUGCGGAUAAUGUUAGCCUGGAUGCUUACGACCUGGCCAGCCCCUGUUGUGACACUCAUUGCGUGCCAACGAGACGCCGCCAUCGUCAGUGCAAGGAACAGGCGCACAAGCACACGCAUCGGGAGAGUGAGCGGGAGCGUUCGGAGAAGAAGGAGCAGCGUUCAAAGUCGCAGGCGACUUCAAAUGGAGCUGCCGGCGGCCAUCAGCAUCACCAACAUCAUCAGCACCACCAACACCACCAUCAUCAUCAUCACCAUGAUCGUGCACAGCCCCAUCAGGCGCACUCUCAGGCCAGUAGCACCCGUUCCCGUUAUUUUGAUCUAGCCUCGGGCUUGGCCAGCCACUGCAGUCUGCACUCUUGCACCUCCAGCGAGUUUGCACCACCAGAUUCGGCUUCCUACACCACAUCCAUCAGCACAGACACACUCUUCUGGGAUCCCAAAAGCGACAUGACCCAAGCUUCGCGUCAGCCCUCCACAAAGUCGCGCCAAUCCUAUGAGCAACAACAACAACAACAGCCACAGCAACACUCACCACACCAACAUCACAACCACAGUGGUGUCUACCACGUAACCGCUGUGCAGCCAUCGCAGAUUUAUCCCAACACCAUAUCGUACGUACAUAAGCCCAAGUCCUGGGACAAUUUGGCCACCAAAGCCAUUGGGGGCUAUGGAUUUGGGUACGGAUAUCUAGAUACUGUGGUAGUUAAGCCACCGGUCAAGCUACAAGUGGCUCAGCAGCGUCACUCCAUGCCGAGACGCAACCCUUACGGCCGCUAUUCCACAUAUGGCGAUGUCGAGGACUACGCACCACCACCCACAGAGUUUGUGGGCGAGCUCACCACCACCACAACAACUACCAUAACCGCAAAGUCUACAGAGGAGCUACUAACAGCCUGUGAGUGUCUGACACCGCAACAACAACAGGCCCUCAAGGCCGCACAAUAUCAACUCAGCCAGAAUCAAAAGUUGUCUCAUCAGAAUUCGUGCCAAAUGGGCUAUUACUCACACCUGCCACCUCCCACCACAGAUGUGGGCACUUCGACCAUGCAGCAGUCGCUCAAUGAUGGGACUGCAGUAUCGGAAGCAACACGCUUGUAGGUUCACCUUCUUUAGGCAGAAUAGGACCAUUUGGCUCUUUGGAAAGUUUUUCAGUGGGUGCUUUUGUAUGGAUUCUACCUAUCACCAGGUUGUGCGGGCUUUUUAUUUGCAUAAGGAGGACGUUUUAUGUGAUGUCAAAUGUUCUUACUUUAAAUUCUGUAGAAAUCGGCAUUCCAAUCAUAUCUUUUGAUGCAUUGCAUAAGCUAGAACUUAUUUAAACACCCUUUUUCCACAAAAAAGAAAUUGCACCUAGUUUUAAACUGCGCAUAACAGAAAACAUUUCGGCAUUAUUUUAUAUCUUUGCUGCACUAAAUUUCCCUCCAAAAGAUGGUUGAAAUGUGGACCUACUGGAAUGAGUAGAACACAACGCAACGUUAACCAAAGCACAAUGUUAACUUUGAACUCGUCCGCUUGCCGUUAGAGCCAAUUGACAGCAGCAUGCAUACAUACUUAGGUACUUAUAUACAUAUGUACAUAUGUAUGUGCAUAAUUGUUGAGAGAAUUUUUUAUUUAAUGAUUUAAAGACUGAGAGCUAAGCGUGUAUUCCAAAUAUGCUAAGUGAAUAAUCAAUUUGUCAUAAACAUACAAAGAUAUUAGUUAGAGUGUUGAUUGCAGACCCAUAUACAUACAUACAUA